AGAAUGGCUCUUAAUGACAAAGACCCGAUGCCUGCAGUGGGGAACCUCUCCCCGGGCCAACUGCAGUCUCACCUCAAGAUGGAGCCCAAGACUCUGGGGGCAAUCCAGAUCGUUAUUGGGGCUUUGAUUCUUUGUCUGAGUGCCUCCGUGCUCCAGAUCCAUGAGGUCCACUUUACAGGAGAUGUGGCCCUCUUCCUGAUUGUUGUCAUACAGGUGACCUUGUCUGGUUCAGUGUUGGUCCACAGUGGGAGGAGACCUACUCUGUUUUGGGUGAAAUGUAUGCUGGUGCUGCAUCUCAUCAGUGCUGCAUUUGCCACUGCUGCCCUGGGUCUGAUGUCCAAACACCUCCCCUACCGCCAGGACUCGUACCACUGUGAACACUGCCGCAGACUGGAGCUGCAUGCGGUGCAACAUUGUUUCAGGAAAUGCACCGGGCUGAUCGAGCAAAAGUGUAAACUGUUGAUUGAUGGGAUCCUGGGAACACUGGUGAUCUUUCUGGUGCUGGAGCUGUUGAUCUGUAUCACUGCCAUGCUGUUCGGACUCAGUGUCUUAGCUGCUGGUGGAACCCAGGCUCCGAGUCAGAGGCCUGCCUAUCCACAGACUCGCCCCCCACCUGUUCCAGCUGUGCAGGCUGCUCAAGCUACUCCAGCUGCAGCCGAGCCAUCUCAGGUGGCUGUGGUUGUGACUGAGCCAGAGUCAGAGCAGGUGGAGGACAUCUCCACCCCACCCACUGAGCCCCAGGUGGAGCCGAUAGAAGUUGAGACCACAGAACCCUGAUCUGGAACACACACUGCUCGCUGUGGUGUCAUGUCAUGUCAGUCAGAGAGCACAUAUUGAUGUCAGCUGGGAAAAACUAUUCCUGUCAGCCUUCUGGGGGUCAUUAUGAUAAAGUUAUUAAGUUAUCUCCCGUUUAGCUUGAUGACUCAUGUAUCACCUCAGGAGACAAAGUAACAACUAAUGUGCUGAUGACAGCAGUCCUGAGAACUGGUGCAAAUAAAUGUGAAUGUCCAAACAAGCGUUACAUGUAACCAACAGGUCGUCAUCCUACCCUCUCUCUAUUGGCAUGACAUGAACACAGCAUCAGUGUUAGCACUGCUGGAUCUACUGUACAGUAUGUUGUGGUUAUGAUGUGGAUCAGUGUUAUUGGUAAUGAUGAUUUAUUCUUCAAAUGCUAAAACCACUAAAAUAAGUAUAGUCAAAAAAAUACAAAGAGAAAGACAACAGGGGAAUGCAAAGCUCUUGGUCACUAUUACAGUAUGUAGGACAUAAUCACUUCAUUAUUGGUGUGUGCACAUUUUGUGUUAUUUAGAAUGAAGAGUCAGUAUCUAACCUGGAACCACUUUGUGUCUCACAGGUCUUUUGAACCUAUCUUGCCUAAAACAUAUUGGACUGUUGAAAUAAGAUUUUGUUGCUGCUGUUUGGUUAAAAAACGAACCUUUUAAUGGUUUUAUGCUAUUUUAAAUUUGUCUCCAAGUCAUUCAAGGAUUAACUGAUGAGAAAGUAUAACCGCAGCCAAUCAGCUGUCUAUUGUCUACUCAUUGUUUCAGACCUGUUAUCUUGACAUUAAAACUGACAGGACUACUACAGUGAUUUAGUAUUUUCAUAAAGUUGGGACACAGCAGUGGCCCAAAUAUUCAGAUUUUUAGUCCUUAGUAUGAGUGAGGAUCCAAAAAUACUCAAUCCUACAUUUCCCAUAAUGCUAAUAACCUCAACAACAUCUUUGUCAGACCUUUGCAGCUGGUAAAUACCCACUUUUGCAACUCCAGUCACCCUAUUUGUAACUCUGGUUUUCUCUUUAGUACUUUAGUAGUAGUAAUUAUUCCACAGGGUGACAUAAUGUACAUUUUGCAAAUUUCCCCUUUAUGGACAAUAAAAUCUGUCUCUUAUAAACUUCUAGUCUCUGAGCCCAAGUCACAAUAAUCCUGAACACAUGACAAUGACAUAAUUGGGGUUAUGUUUUCAGGCUUAAUUUACCAGUUGAUUUACAUUAAGAUAGAACUUUAUUUAGUCUGAGGGAAAGUGUUGUGCAGCAGUUGCAGUACAAAGCAGGAAAGAGUGCAAAUCUAGAAUAUAAAUAACGGUACAGGUAUAAAAAUAUCAAUAACUAUAUCUAUAUCAAAGAAGCCAAAAUCUACAGAAUGCCAAAAAAAAGUAAACGGUAAGGACCAUAAGUCACUCAGGUUGCUUCUUAGUGGGUUACACAUAGAUAUGUAUGAUAAAUCUGAAAUGUACAAGUUAGAAGUCCACUGCUCGCCUGUGUCUGUGAUUUUGGUAAAGACUAAGAGUAUAAAAACAUAUAAGUUGGUAUUUAAGGACAAGGUGUUGCAUUGAAACAUUGAAAAGAGCCAAUUGGGAGAUUUUGGCCUCUGAUUAGGAUGUCCCCCAAAGCAGCUGGAGAGAUAAUGUGUCCCAUCCCAAAUCCAAAUGUGCUGAACCUUAAGUGGGCUGCAUUUUUUUAAAGAAAGACUGUUGAUAUUGCCAUCCCUCCUUCUUCACAAUUCCAUUACACAAUGUUAGCAUGCCCUCUCUCUCCCCCCAUCUCCCCUCCCCUUCUUAUUCUGUACACAAGCACUAACGCUACCUGUUGCUGAUUGGCUGGAGUAGUGUUGUGUGGCUCAGUCCCAGCCACUUUAUUUGUUUCCCUUUUACAGAACCGGGACUGUAUAUGAACACCAGCGUGCACACAGAAUGGACAGCUGGCGGACUGUGAGGAGAUAUUCACUGCAUUUCAAAUUCAGCGAUAGUUACAAUAUCACCAAUCUUUCUCCAGAAUGACCCACCCACCUUUAAAGGAAUACCAGUAGGCCUGUAGCUGUUGUACCAUUAUAGAGGUCUGUGAGAACUUUAAGAGAGAAAUGUGUCUCAAAAUGCUAUUGUAACUAUAAUCCUGGUAGUUGCUCAUUAUUCAAAGCAAAUUAGGCAAAACAAACAUUUUCUUCUUGAAAUGGGAGGAGGUUCAGGCUGAGGCCUUGGCUGUCUGCCAGUUAAUUUUCCCAUUCAGACGUGUGUCAGACACUGUUUUCCUGUACUGGCUUGUUAGUGUAGGAUUCUU